UUAGGUGCAUGACCAGCAGGGGGCAGUAAACUGUUACUACACUUCAUUGUUAGAAUAGAAUAAAUGUUUGUCUUUGUCUCACUUUUUACAAGCAACAAAAAAACCAAAAAACACAAUAAAAUAAUAAGAGAAACAAUGUUUCCUCAUUUACACACACACACACACAAACACAUGCAUCAUCGACUAAAAACUAAUGACGACACAAACUGCUCUUAUGAAUGACUGAAUGAAUGAAUGAAAGAAUGAAUGAAUGAAUGAAUGAAUGCAGUAGUUCAUUCACAAUAUUUUAAACUUGUUUUUCUCAGUGAAUAAUGAUAAUUACACUGUGUGUGUGUGUGUGUGUGUGAGAGAGAGAGGGGAGGAUGAGUGAACUGUGCAGUUAUUCUCUCUGUCUCUCUCGUGUCUUUAGCUCCUCAGUUUAAUCUGACGUGAUUCUCUCUUCAUCUCUGUGGAUUCUCUGAUAUUCUCUGAUAUUAAAUUAGAAUUGGGGUUUUACCAGAGCUGCUGAUUGUGUGUUUUUUUUCCGGAUUUUCUUUUCUGUGUUUGUUUGCGUUAAAUUCCGGGGAUGUUUUCUGGAGCAACAAGCGGCCGCGGCGGUGCGGCAGAAGCGGCAGCAGAAGCGGCAGCGCUGCGCUCUCGUGCGCGAUCACCGCUCUGCUGAACGCGCCGCGGGUCUGUGGAUGUUUGUCGGGUUUUUUUUGGAGCGGAGCUGCAGCGGCUCACACAUCACCGGACCACGGCUUCUUCUCUGGGAUGAACCCGCUCCUGGUGGAUCAGUAAAAGUCAGCGGCAGCAGCGGUGGUUCUGCUGUGAUUCGAUUCUGUUCUUUGUCAUGAGCAACAGCGCUCACCGACACCCGGACCUGAACCCGGGUUCCGUGUUCCGGCUGCUCCUGAACCUCCUGUCGCUCCUGGAACCGGCCGCCGCUCUGGAGAUUUACGCGCCGCACUCGAUCCGCGUGGAGGGCGACGUGACGCUGGGGGGGCUGUUCCCGGUGCACGCCCGCGGGGCUCCCGGGACUCCGUGCGGGGACAUCAAGAAGGAGAACGGGAUCCACCGGCUGGAGGCGAUGAUGUACGCGCUGGAUCAGAUCAACGGCGACGACGAGGUGCUGCCGAAUGUGACGCUAGGCGCGCGCGUCCUGGACACCUGCUCCCGGGACACGUACGCGCUGGAGCAGUCCCUGACGUUCGUGCAGGCGCUGAUCCAGAAGGACUCGACUGACAUCAGGUGCACGAACGGAGAAGCGCCGGUGUUCGUGAAACCGGAGAAAGUGGUGGGAGUGGUGGGCGCAUCCACGAGCUCCGUGUCCAUCAUGGUGGCGAACAUCCUGCGACUGUUUCAGAUCCCUCAGAUCAGCUACGCCUCCACGGCGCCGGAGCUGAGCGAUGACUGGCGCUACGACUUCUUCUCCCGUGUCGUUCCUCCGGACAGUUUCCAGGCUCAGGCCAUGGUGGACAUCGUCAUGGCGAUGGGCUGGAACUACGUGUCCACUGUGGCGUCAGAGGGAAGCUACGGAGAAAAGGGCGUGGACGCUUUCACGCAGCUCUCCAGAGACGCAGGUGGAAUCUGCAUCGCUCAGUCACUGAAAAUCUCUCACGACCAUAAACCAUCUGAUUUUGAUAAGAUCAUCCGUCUGCUGCUGGACACUCAUCACGCCCGCGCCGUCAUCCUGUUUGCCUCUGACAAGGACAUCAGGGGAAUCCUGAACGCCAGUAAACGAGCAGACCAGGUGGGUCACUUCCUGUGGAUUGGCUCCGACAGCUGGGGCACCAAAAACAGUCCCAUCCAUCAGCUGGAAGACACCGCGGUCGGAGCUGUCACCAUCCUGCCCAAGAGGACCACCAUCAGCGGUUUUGAUGCAUACUUUACGUCGCGAACACUGGAGAACAACAGGAGGAAUGUGUGGUUCGCUGAGUUCUGGGAGGAAAACUUCAACUGUAAACUAAUGAGCUCAUCCAGGAAAGAUGAGAGCAGCAGAAAGUGCACGGGUCAGGAGCGCAUUGGCAUUGACUCUAAAUACGAGCAGGAAGGGAAGGUCCAGUUUGUGAUAGACGCCGUGUUUGCCAUGGCCCACGCACUCCACAACAUGCAGAGGGAUUUAUGUCCAGAAAACUCCGGCAUCUGUGCUGAGAUGGAACAGGCUGGAGGGAAGAAGCUGCUCAGGUACAUCCGCAGUGUCAGUUUCAACGGAAGUGCUGGUACUGCAGUGACCUUUAAUCGUAACGGUGACGCUCCCGGAUGUUACGACCUUUUCCAGUUCCAGAGGAACAACAUGACGGGUCCAGGUUACCGUGUGAUCGGACAGUGGACGGAGACGUUGCAGCUCAACAUGAAGGACAUGCAGUGGCCCGGUGGUGAGCACGAUGUUCCCAGCUCCAUGUGCAGCCUCCCAUGUCAGACAGGUGAGAGGAAGAAGGUGGUGAAAGGGAUGUCUUGUUGUUGGCACUGCGAGCUCUGCGACGGUUACCACUACCAGUUCAAUGAGUUCACCUGUAAACGCUGCCCCUACAACAUGAGGCCCAACAACAACCGCACGGCCUGUCAGUUCAUCCCCAUCACCAGCCUGGAGUGGCACUCGCCCUGGGCCGUCAUCCCCGUCUUCCUGGCCAUGAUUGGAAUCACCACCACCAUUUUUGUCAUGACUACGUUCGUACGCUACAACGACACGCCGAUCGUGCGAGCAUCGGGCCGGGAGCUGAGCUACGUCCUGCUGACUGGUAUAUUUUUGUGUUACAUCAUCACCUUCCUCAUGAUCGCCAGGCCGGAUGUGGGCGUGUGCUCGUUCCGCAGGAUCUUCCUGGGUCUGGGCAUGUGCAUCAGCUACGCAGCGCUCCUCACCAAAACCAACCGCAUCUACCGGAUCUUCAAGCAGGGGAAGAAGUCGGUGACGGCACCGAGGCUGAUCAGCCCGACCUCACAGUUAGCCAUCACCUCCAGCCUCAUCUCCGUGCAGCUGCUGGGCGUCCUCGUCUGGUUCGGUGUGGAUCCGCCCAACACCGUCGUUGACUACGAGAAGACCCUUAACCCCGCCCACGCCCAUGGCGUGUUGAAAUGUGACAUCACAGACCUGCAGAUCAUCUGCUCGUUGGGUUACAGUAUCUUACUCAUGGUGACAUGUACGGUUUAUGCCAUAAAGACGCGCAGCGUCCCCGAGAGCUUUAACGAGGCCAAGCCCAUCGGCUUCACCAUGUACACCACCUGCAUCGUGUGGCUGGCCUUCAUUCCGAUCUUCUUUGGAACAGCACAGUCUGCGGCGAAGCUGUACAUCCAGACGACCACGCUGACCAUCUCCAUGAACCUGAGCGCGUCCGUAGCUCUGGGGCUGCUCUACAUGCCCAAAGUCUACGUCAUCAUCUUCCACCCAGAGCUCAACGUACAGAAGAGGAAACGCUCGUUCAAGGCCGUUGCCACAGCCGCCACCAUGUCGUCCAGACUGUCGCACAAAGUCAGCGAGCGACCCAACGGAGAGGCCAAGACAGAGCUGUGUGAGAACAUGGAGGCCAUCAUUGAGUCACAUGAUAUCUGAAGGGGACAGAGAUGAAACAUGAUGACAUCACCAUGUAUAACAUCCGAUAAUAAUCCACGAGUAACUGACUGAGCAGUGAAGAAGAGACGCGUGAAUGACGACCUUGUGAUGUAACAGCACAGAGACGGUGAGACGGUGAGACGUGUCUUCUGCUCACAGACCUGCUUCACGUCAGACGCUGCAGCAAAGCAUCAUGGGACUUGUCCUCUGGAGCCCACAGAUGCUGUGACGUCGUUUAGAGAAUGACAAAAAAGGGUCACAUAGGGUCACGUAUUUCCCAACAUGCCCCCGCCCGCUGGAGCCACGCCUCCUGUUGUCUUGUCUUCUGAUGUACUUGCAACCGUGUGUUCAUGUUUCUGUGUCGUUAAUGUUUGUUUUUAUCCAUGAUGUUGAUGAUGAAGAUGAUGAAGAUGCAGUCAUGUAACACUUCCAGGACUCAUGUUUCUUGUUGUGAUGCGGUGUCAUUUGUGUUCUGCUGAGUCAUGUGACACCUGACCUCUGGUCUGGAGGCAACGCCAUGACUAAAUCAAAAUUAAGUCCAUCAUAAUGAGUCCAUCAAUCGCAGCUGUUUUGUCGUAAACAGAUGUUGUCACUCAGCUAAAUGCUGUUGAAUGACCUUUAACCUUUGGUCUUUCUAUGUUUCAUCAGUUGUUUUUGUAUCUUGUUUUGACCUGAUGAUGAUCACAUGACUCUUGGAGCUUCUCGUGUUAUGGAAGGGUUCCAAAACUUUAUUGACGAUUGUAAUUGUAAUUUUUUUUAAUAGAAUAAUUGGCUAUAGAAUAAAUUCCCAGAAAAUAUAGAAGGAAAACUUCCUUAAAAAGGGAAGUAUAUCCAUGUUCCAGGUGUUCCAGGUUGUUGGUCACUGCAUGUCUGAUGUGUUUGAUGGUCAGCUGACAGAAUAUGACUUUGAUCUGUUUCUUAUUUUCCCAGAGAAAAAUAUAAAACUCUAUAUUUAAAAUGGGUUGUGAUAUAAAAACAGAAGCAUGUAUGUUUUCUACCGUUUGUAUUUUCAUGUCGCUGCUUCACUGCUGAUGUUGUGGGACAAAUGUUUCCAUCUUCUGUGCUGUGGUCUUUUUUACUUGUGUCUCAAAUACCAAAAGAAAACCUUUUGGUAUUUGUGUCUUUUUCACUCAACGGCCUUGACUGAUAUUUAAUUAUUGAUCUCUUCCUCUUCAUGAUGAAGCAUCGGUGGAUUUGUACAUGAUCAUCUUUUGCCUGACAAGAAAAAAAAUUCUUUUUUCUUCGUUUGCUUGACUGAGUUCCAACUUUGAAAAAAAUGUUGGAAUAAAAUAAAACUGAGGAAAAGUGAGCUGCAUGUCUGAUUUCACGGAAUAUUAUCAAUAAAAUUUAACAUGGAGUCCCUGAA